AGCAGAAGUCUUUUCGCUCUCCGGCAAGGUCAACAAAACCUAGGAAUAAAUUUAAAUUCUUUCUUAAAAUGGCUAAUGUAUUUCGAAAAUGUUUGUCCAAAUCACGAAUUACUUCUCUGAAGAAUUCUCCUGUCUUUCAAUUUGUUCGUAAUGAGUCCAAUGUUCGCACUGUAACUCUCAUACCUGGAGAUGGUAUUGGACCAGAGAUAUCAGUUGCUGUGCAGAAGAUAUUUGAAGCAGCAAAAGUUCCAAUUCAGUGGGAAGUAGAAGAUGUUACACCUGUUAAACAGCCAGACGGAAAAAUGGGAAUCCCUCAAAGAGCUAUUGAUUCCAUAAAUAAGAAUACAAUUGGACUGAAAGGACCUCUGGCUACACCUAUUGGCAAAGGACAUAGGUCUUUAAAUUUGGCUAUCAGGCAAGCGUUUCAUCUAUAUGCAAAUGUACGUCCCUGCCGCUCCAUAAAUGGUGUUGAAACUUUAUAUAAUGAUGUGGAUGUUGUUACUAUUAGAGAGAACACAGAAGGCGAAUACAGUGGCAUUGAACAUGAAAUUGUGCCUGGAGUUGUUCAAAGUAUAAAACUUAUAACAGAAAAUGCAUCUCAUCGCGUAGCUGAAUAUGCCUUUGAAUAUGCUUCUCAAAACAAUAGAAAAACUGUGACUGCUGUGCAUAAAGCAAAUAUAAUGAGAAUGUCUGAUGGUUUAUUUCUUCAAUGCUGUCGAAAAGUUGCUGAACAACACCCUAAUAUCAAAUAUGAAGAAAUGUAUCUAGAUACUGUGUGUCUAAAUAUGGUUCAAGAUCCUGCAAAGUUUGAUGUCUUAGUAAUGCCAAACUUAUAUGGAGAUAUUUUAAGUGAUCUGUGUGCUGGACUUAUUGGAGGUUUAGGUGUUACUCCGAGUGGAAACAUUGGAAAAGGAGGUGCUGUAUUUGAAUCUGUGCAUGGAACUGCACCAGAUAUUGCUGGACAAGAUAAAGCUAAUCCAACUGCUCUGUUGUUAAGUGCAAUAAUGAUGUUACGUCACAUGAAUCUUGGCAGCUAUGCUGAUAAAAUUUCCCAAGCAUGUUUUGACACUAUAAAAGAAGGCAAGGUAAGAACAGCAGAUUUGGGUGGAAAAGCAAAGUGUUCUGAAUUCACAGAAGAAAUAUGUACGAAAAUAUGUGCAUUAUAAUUUAGAAGUGACAUAAAAUAGCAAAUACAUAGUGAGACAUUGUUUAUGAGUCUAACAUCAAAAUGUUGUAUGGUUGUAGCAUAGAACCAAAAGAUUUCUUUCUUCUAACUAGUGUUCAAGAAAUUUAGAGCUUGCAAGAGCAUACUUUGUUUUCUGAACAUCAUGGAAUUUUCCUUUAAUGGUGGAAUAAUGAACGAGGAUUUAUUGUUUAUUCUUUUGAAACAAAUACUGCAGUAAAUGAAAUUUUAAUUAUGUCCUUCCUUCUUUAAAAGUUUAACAAUUCUGCAAUGGAAGAAGUUUAUUAAAUUUUAGUCAUAUUUUGUAUUAACUUGAUGUGUCAAAAGAAACCCCCCCCCCCCAAAAAAAAAAAAGAUCCAUGUUUCAAAAGAUAUUUUAUGUCAAUCAUAAGUGAGAAAUUUAAGCUUAAAAUCUAGUCUUUUACUUUAUUUUUCAAAACUAUAUUUUAAUUGUAUGUGUUAUUGUUUCAUAAAAUUACUACAAAUGAAGAUUAACAAACAUGGCAUUGAUUCACCCAUUGAAUUGUAUUUCAGUGCAUUCUAAGAACCUAAUGCAUUUACUUUCAAUAAGUGGUUGAUUAUAUUGUAAGCUUUCAUCUCAUCCCCUCACCUACAUUUUAAAUUUGGUAUUUAAAGAACACUGCCCUUUUUAUUUUUAUUUUUUUUUAUUUAUUGAUUUAUUAUUAUUAUUUUUAAUUUUGGAAUUGAAUUAAGUGGACUCUCAUCAAUAAUUACUGUCUAAAGCAGAACAGUUGAUCCUGAAAUAGCAAUGUGCUAAUUGAUGUCAUACAAUCAAAGCAAGUCAAUGAAUGUUUCAGACAAACUCGUCCUUCCUUAUUGCAAAAUCAAAUGUCUGUGACAUUUAAAAAAAAAAAAAAAUUGUGAAUUAAAUAAAGUUUAACUAAAAGUCUGCUAAGAGUAACAAAUACACAGCCUUUUAUAUUUAUAGAUAUAAGUAGAAAUUCUCAAACUUUUUAAACAAUGAGCAGAUUUAAACUGCUUUGCAACUAAAUCUUGCAAAUUCUAUUUUAUUUCAUGAAUAAAAGAAAAAAAAAUAUCAAAAAUUAAAAGUGCUUGAAUCUUGAAGCAUGUUACUUCAUGGCAAUUUUAUCAUUGCACAAAACAGUAAAACAGGACCCUAAACACUGUGCAAGAGCACUUUAGAAAUUUCACAUAUAAUUCUAAUAGUUUUCAUUUGAUUUACUCAUUAAAAUCAGUAUGUAGUAUCAGUUAUGUUACAGUAAAAAACUUGUGAGACAGAAACAUUUUUGUUCAAGAGCAAUUUUAUGUUUUGUUUCCAAAAAAAAAAAAAAAAAAAAACUGCUGAAACUUGUUUAAUAUACUUAAUGCUUGACGGAAAUACAGAACUUAAAUGCUUUUGUAAUUGGUUGAAAUUAUUUGUUUAAAGCUGCAACACAUUUUCAAAGUGCUUGUCCUUCUCUUUUCUUUUCACAUUAUUGCGAACUGACUUGAAAUCUACUUAUGAGAGGUCACUGCAUUUAAUCCUAUGAAUAAAAUUAAUAAGAUCAGUAACAAUAUUUGUUUAAAAUUGACAUUUUUGUAAAAGUGUCCUACCAAUGUUAUCUGAAUGAUUAUAUUGUUCAAACAAAAACUCAUUAAUUAUUGAUAUUUCAUUUUUAAAUAUUUAUUAAAAUGUGAACUUAUGAGAGCUUUUCUGUUUUAUCUGUACUGUAUUUUAAAAUAAACAUCACUGUUAUCUGUA